UUUCUGUCUCCAGUCUUUUCUGGGUAAUGAAAUCGUGCAUUUGUGCCGAUGAAUACCUAGAGCUCCUCUAAAUAUUAAGGUGCUAGCUGAAAUUAAAUCAGAUUUGCAUCUAAUUAUAACUUAAAAGGAAUUUUCCGUUUAUAAGUUAUAAUAAUGGCUCCACGAGAAGAAAGGAAAGGAUCUUAUGUGUUGUUCGAGAACGAACAAUCAGAAAAAGAUUUCGAAAAAGUAAUUCCACGAUCAGCUGAAGAUAGAGAAUGGGAUAUAGUGUGGCCUAAUGUAUUCAUAUUUCUCAUAGCACAUAUCGCCGGCCUCUACGGCUGCUAUCUUUUCCUUGGACAAGUAAAACUAUUAACCUGUAUCUUUGCUUUCGUUGUGCUUAUAAUUGCCGGAUUAGGCAUUACAGCGGGCGUGCACAGACUCUGGUCUCAUAGAGCAUACAAAGCUCGUUUUCCUUUACGUGUCAUCCUUGCAAUCUUCAACAGUAUGGCAUUUCAGCACCCCGUGCUUAGAUGGGCACGCGACCACCGAGCCCACCACAAGUACUCAGACACCGAUGCUGAUCCUUACAACGCAACUCGAGGCUUUUUCUUCUCUCAUAUCGGCUGGCUACUGCUCCGGAAGCAUCCAGAAGUGAAAACUAAAGGACAGCAAAUCGACCUCAGCGACUUAUAUGCUGAUCCUGUGCUUCGAUACCAGGAAAAAUACUACAUGCCUCUUAUGUUGGUGACCUGCUUUAUACUUCCUACAUACAUACCCACAUUGUGGGGAGAGACGGCAUGGAAUGCUUUCUUUGUAUGUGCAGUUUUCCGAUUCAUUGUUGGUAUGAAUGUUACGUGGCUAAUAAAUUCUGCAGCCCACAAGUGGGGUUACAGACCAUACGACAAGAAUAUAAACCCUGGUGACGAUAAGAUCUUAGCCUUGAUGGUACUCGGAGAAGGCUACCAUAACUACCACCACACGUUCCCAUGGGACUACAGAACAGCUGAAUUAGGUGCACCCCUUAACUUGACCACGAGAUUUAUAAACUUGAUGGCUAAAAUUGGAUGGGCUUAUGACAUGAAAUCAGUAUCGAAGGAGGUCAUAGAGAAACGGAAGAUGAGAACAGGCGAUAAUAACCAUGAAGAACACGAGAUUAAUAAUUCCGUUGAAACAUAAUACAAACAGUUUUUCUCUAUCUCUAUCAGGAAAUAUUGCAACAGGUCUUGUGAUUCUUUCAAAAGUUUGAAUCUGUGUUAGUCCAGCUCAGCGACUUUAGUGUAAAAAUGUUCAAGUAAUUUGAAUCAUUAAAUGCCUCUUAAACUUUGAAACUUCACAGCACAUAAAUGACAAUCCUAUUCUACAAUGACGACGUAAGGCUUUACAUAACGGAUACAACGAGGUUAACAAAAGCCCUAUAUAAUAUAUAAUAAUAGAACGACACUAAUAAAUAAAAUUAAGGCUUUUGUCUACAUAUGUGUAUAGAAGAAUAUAAUUAUAUAUCUUAAAAAAAUUAUAACGAUUAACUGGCUUACUGUAUAUAUAUUUCUUAUUUAUUUCAGCACUAAGUAUAUACUUUUAAUUUGACAUAUAUUCUGUUCAAUGUCACUUGAUUAGACGCUUGAUUAUACUUAUCAAUGUACUGCCUUCAUAAUUAUAUAAAAAUUUAAUCUGUAAUAAGGUGUGGACGAUAUUUUCCUAUGUGAAGUGUGUUGAUGGUAAUACAGAAAUUUAUUUUUCUACUUAACAUUUGUGAUAAUAGUUUAAUAUUUUAUUUAUUUUCGGUUAAAUAAUACAAGAUAUUGAUUUAAAAUAAGGGCUUUUGCUAUAAAAACUGUUAAUUAUUAGAUUGAUACACAGUAAAUAUUCAGUUUAUUAAAACAAUACCCGUACAAAAUACUGUAAGUAUCAUUUAGUAGAAUAAAUAUUCAUGAAUUA